UCUCAGCCAUUGCACCUUGUAGAUCAAACAAUGAGCAAACGGCUGAUGUUGCUCGAAUGGUACUGUGAUGUACUCCAAUCCAUGGUACUCGAUUUGAACUCCGAGUCUCGAGACUAUACUGUUUGAGACUCAAGAAAGAAACGUACUGAAUACCAAUUACCAAAGGACUCUGUCCUGGAGACCUCCUACCCAUCCAGAAAUAAAAGGAAACACGGGCCGCCAAACGAAGUACAGUAACGCCUUGGACGGGUCCGGCAAUUCUUCGAUUCGGAUCGUGCUGUCCCACCCCCGCCCCACCAAAUCAGUCAAUCUCGGCGCGCCGAUGGGGAUCGCCAUGAGCCGCGACCGGCAGGACGGCCGGCUGCUGUCGCUUUUGGCGCUCCAGGUGCUGCUCGAUUACGGCCGCGCCGGUGCAACCCGCCCGCCCGUGACGGCGGCGCUGCUCGCCGCCAACACGCUGCUGUACCUCCGCCCGGGCAACCUCGACGCGCUCCUCCCCCGGCUCCCGCGCGUCCUGUUCAACCCGCACCUCAUCAUCGAGUUCGGCGACUUGAGACGUUUCCUCUUCUCAGUUUUCUUCCACACGAGUGAACCUCAAUUUGUCAUGAACAUGUCAUCCCUCUUGUGGAGGGGCGGUCGGCUUGAAGAAUAUAUGGGCAGUUUUGAGUUCGCUUCCAUGGUGGCUUCCUUGAUUGGCCUGUCUCAGGGCUUCACAUUGCUCUUGUCCAAAGGCUUGCUUCUCCUCGGCGACGGCACGGCGUAUUACCAGUAUUCUUCUGGAUUCUCUGGAGUGUUGCUUGGUAUGCAAGUGCUGAAUGCCAGGGCAGGCGAUAUUGUCUUGUUCGGGGUAUGCAUCCCAGCAAAGUAUGCUGAGUUGGCACAACUAUUCCUCAUGCAGGCUCUCAUUCAUGAGGUAAACAUUGUUGGCAAUCUCAGUGGGAUACUUGCUGGGCUAACAUACCUCUGGUUGAAGAACGGUCCAGACCCGCUUUCAGACAUUGCAAAUGUUGUGAGCCGAUCGGUGAGGUUUGCUCGGGGAAUCGUAAGGUCAGCAGCCCGUCGUUGCCAGAGCUGUUCUGGGCGGCGUGUUUUUGCGUCGGUGCAAAGGGAGGUUGGCCAAGGUAUGUGGAGAUGCACGACCUGCAGUCACGACAACUCGCGUAGCGAAGAUGUCUGCGAGAGAUGCAGCAUUCCGCACGAGGAUCAUGCUUUCUCCCGCAGAAGGCAUCUCCAAGAUGUGGGGAACGAGGAGCUCCCGGUCGAGGAGAUACGUGCUAGAAGGCUCCAAAGAUUUGAGAGGUGAUGGAGAGAUCAUUGCUGCCAAUGCCAAGUCCGAAACCUGGAAUUGCCAGUUCUGUGCUAGAGCAUAGUGAUUUUUUGCCAGUUCUGUGCUAGAGUAAGUAUAGUGAUUUUUCGUACUAAUGAUGAGCAAUGCUUCUGGUACAUGGUCGGAAAAUGAGUAAAUUUCAAGGAAGCACAGUUCUUGAGGCAUGCUUAUCACGGAACCAUACAUUUUGAAAUUUUUCUCGCUGAA